GGGUUCUAUAUAAAAUGGAAUAGAACUCGUUUUCGGCUCAUCCUGACAUCCUUCCUUUUGUUUGAAGAUAUCGUUAGUUCACACAGAGAGGGAGGGAGAAAGGACAGAGAGAGACGGGAGAGAAUAAUGGAGGAGACGAGAUCGAGAUUCAAGAGGAUUUGUGUGUUCUGUGGUAGCAGUCCAGGGAAGAAAGCAAGCUAUCAAGAAGCUGCCGUUGAGCUGGGGAAGGAACUGGUGGAGAGAAGGAUUGAUUUGGUUUACGGAGGUGGGAGCGUAGGACUCAUGGGUCUCGUUUCUCAGGCUGUUCAUGAUGGUGGGCGCCAUGUUCUAGGGGUUAUUCCCAAGACUCUAAUGCCCAGGGAGAUAACUGGUGAAACUGUUGGGGAAGUGAGAGCUGUAUCUGAUAUGCACCAAAGGAAAGCUGAGAUGGCUCGUCAAGCCGAUGCAUUCAUUGCUCUUCCUGGUGGGUAUGGGACCCUUGAAGAAUUGCUAGAAGUCAUCACUUGGGCCCAGCUUGGAAUUCAUCAAAAACCAGUGGGUCUCUUGAAUGUGGAUGGAUACUACAAUUCCUUGUUGUCUUUUAUAGAUAAAGCCGUGGAUGAAGGAUUCAUCUCUCCUACCGCACGAUGCAUUAUUGUAUCUGCCCCAACGGCAAAGCAAUUAGUGAGGGAACUAGAGGAAUACGUUCCGCAUUAUGAUGAGAUUACAUCCAAGUUGGUGUGGGAGGUGGAGAGACUAAGCUACGUCCCAGAAUCUGGUGUUGCUACGUAACAUGGUGGAUAGAUGGAUGGGGGUGGAGUGUAUAUGCUUCCUUUUGGCUUCUUAACAUACAUAUAUAUAGAAUUCUACUUACAUCUACAAUUUCGGGUAUAGUUAUUUUUUGGUAAAGCAAUGUGGAAAAUUGUCUAGGGAACUUGGUGUUAUUAUUAGAAAUUUAUAAUUUCCAUUCUCUCUCUCUCUCUCUCUCUCUCAUCCUUUUUAGAGGGUGCUUUAUUGAAAGUCCAUUCAUGAGGGAUUGGUGAAUUAAAAGGUAUGAAUUGAAUCACUGAUUGUGGAUGAAUGGAAUUCAUUGUGAUGUGGUGGGACA